AUGGCCUCCUCGAGGGCUAUCAUCUCGGGUAUACUUACACCAGCUACUAUUGUCAUUUCAGCUGCAACAGGCAAAAUAACUUCUAUCUCCAAGGCUGUGCUUCCUGAAUCUGAAUUCCAAGGCCCUAAUACCUCAUAUAGGGAUUAUUCUCCGUGGGUUUUUAUGCCGGGACUUGUUGAUGCCCAUGUACAUCUAAAUGAGCCUGGGAGGACCGAAUGGGAGGGAUUCUAUACAGGCACUCAAGCAGCGGCCUUUGGUGGUGUAACUACUGUCAUUGAUAUGCCACUUAAUUCCAUACCCCCAACCACGACGGUUCCAUGGCUAGAGGAGAAGGUUAAAGCUGCAAAAGGCCAGUGUUGGGUUGAUUAUGGCUUCUACGGAGGACUAGUUCCGAACAACACGUCCGAGUUGAAGCCUUUAGUGAAGAAUAAUGUAAAGGGGUUUAAAGGAUUCCUGAUUGAUAGCGGAGUGGAGGAAUUUCCGGCGGUCUCCUCGGGAGAUAUCAAGCCUGCAAUGGAGGAAUUGGCAGAUGAGAAGACUGUUCUCAUGUUCCAUGCUGAGAUGGAAAAGCCAGGGGACCCAUCGGGCCAGGGGCAUGGGAGGUGCGGUUCAUCUAAGCCUCUGACUUCAUAUUCAACCUUCUUAUCAUCCCGACCUCCCAAGCUUGAAACCACCGCAGUACAGGAAAUUCUAUCACUCUCUCACGUUGCACCAGACCUGCCUUUGCAUAUUGUGCACCUAUCCGCUGUCGAAUCAAUUCCUAUGUUGCGUGAAGCUCGUGGGAAAGGGGCAAAGAUAACUGCGGAAACAUGCUUUCAUUACUUAUCUCUAGCUGCCGAAGACAUCCAAGAUGGUGACACGAGGUUUAAAUGUUGCCCUCCAGUACGUGGAAAGGAAAACCAAGACCAGCUCUGGGACGAACUACUUCGCCAUUCCACAGAUGGAGUGAUAAAAACGGUAGUCUCUGAUCACUCGCCAUGCACGCCAAAUCUGAAGAUGCUUCCCAAACAUAUCCCCGGGAACAUAGGAGAUGGAAAAUCUGGUGACUUUAUGGAGGCCUGGGGAGGUAUCUCGUCCGUGGGCCUUGGGUUGCCCAUCCUAUGGACUGAAAUACAAAGACGAUAUAAAGGCGACUUGACCCCUGCUGGCAAACCAUUCUUAGAGGAGAUUGCUCAGUGGUGCUGCAGUAACACUGCUGCACAGGUUUCAUGUGAUAAGUCGAAAGGUUCCUUGGCUGUUGGUUACGAUGGUGAUGUGUGCGUUUUUGAUGACAAGGCGGAGUGGGUGGUCGAACCGAGUACCAUGCUGUUCAGAAACAAGUGUUCUCCUUAUCAGGGCAAAACCUUGAAGGGAGUCGUAAGGGAAACUUGGUUGAGAGGCCAGAAGAUAUUUACCCGGGCUGAGGGUUUCCAUGGAGAGUGCAGUGGUAUCCGUGUUUAA